AUGGCUGUCUCAAUCUCUGUCUUGUCUUCAUGUCUAUUCGUGUUUGUUUUCAUCCUCCCUCGACUAUGGUCUCGGUAUCAAUUCAACAAAAAAUACAGGCUCCCUCAUGUCGUCCCUGGUUGGCCGAUCAUCGGGAACUCCCUGGAUGUGCCCUUCCCUGGGGGAAUGUGGGGUGUAGAGACCGCGCGAAAAUAUGGAGAGAUGUACACAUGCUACCUUGGGGGUCGUGCCAUCGUCUUCCUCAAUUCAUCGCGCGUGGUAAAUGACCUCCUGGAGAAGCGUGCCGCGAUAUAUUCAUCCCGCCCAUUCCGUCCUAUGUGCCAAGACAUUAUGUCCGGUGGUGCACGCAUGCUUCUGAUGCCUCACUCUGACAGAUGGCGGAACCAGAGAAAGAUCAUGCACUCAAUCCUGAACAAUCGACAGGCGGAGACAAAGUUCAUUGCUUACCAAGAGCUAGAAUCGAAGCAGCUGGUCUACGACUACAUGACAGAUCCAGAAAAUUUCCACUUGGCAAAUCAGCGCUUUUCGAAUUCUGUCAUCAUGAGCGUGGUGUUUGGGAGAAGGGCGGCCAUCGACGAUCCUGAACUCAAGGCAAUUCUCGAAUCGGUUGCUGUCCUAGCAGAGUAUCUGUUCAACCCGCUGAAGAACAUCUGCGAUGCAUUCCCAUGGCUGUCCAACCUUCCAAAACCUCUGCAGUGGUGGAGACCGGCUGGGGAGGCAUACUUCAAGAGGACUCGUGCUCUGUACAAAGGCGAAUACGACCGUCUCGUCAAGAAGAUGGAAAACGGGACUGCGCGCCCUUGCUUCGCGGUUGAGGUAGAGCAAGGCGCCGCGAAAAAAGAAUUCGCCAUCGAUGAGACAGAAAAGUUGUUCGUUUUCAGCACCCUGUUGGAAGCUGGAAGUGACACCUCGCGGAAUGCCAUCACGCAAGCAGUGGCAGCUAUGGCCGCCUACCCAGCAUGGGUGAUCAAAGCAAGAGCAAUGCUAGACGAAGUGUGCGGUGCAGACGCCGAACGCCUCCCCUCUCUUUCCGAUCGAGAGGGGCUACCAUACAUCACAGCAGCGGCAAAGGAGUGUCUCCGCUGGCGGCCCUUUAUCCAAACUGGUGUGCCACAUAUGCUCGUCCAGGAUGACGAGUAUGAAGGAUACAAAUUUCCUGCUGGGACGCAGUUCUGCUGGAACGCUUACGCGAUUGCGUUGAACGAAGGCGAUUAUGCGGAUCCAAUGACUUUCUCCCCAGAGCGCUUCAUGGACGCGGAUUUGAACAACCCUUUGAAGGGGCAUUGGUCUUUUGGGACUGGCCGUCGAGUAUGCGUGGGGUACAACGUUGGCGCCAAUAACAUAUGGAUUGCAAUCGCUUGUCUGAUCUAUUGCUUCGACAUCACGGAAGACCCAGACCACCCAAUCAAUACCCUCAACACCAACUGGGAAAUCCACAAAGAAGCCCCUUUCAAAGUAAAAAUCGCACCCCGUAGCCAGGCCCACAUCGAGCUCAUCAAGCGAAUCAGCAUCGAAGCAUUGACUGCUGAUUACUGA